AUGGAUUUACGGGUCGGCAGAAAGUACCGGAUCGGCAGAAAGAUCGGGUCAGGUUCUUUCGGUGAUAUCUAUCUUGGUACAAACAUUAUUUCCGGUGAGGAGGUCGCUAUCAAGCUUGAGAACGUUAGAGCUAAGCACCCGCAACUGGAAUACGAGGCAAAAGUCUACAAGGCUCUUUGUGGGGGAGUCGGUAUUCCUUUUGUAAGAUGGUUCGGAACCGAAUGCGAUUACAACGCUAUGGUUAUCGAUCUUCUCGGACCAUCUUUGGAGGACCUCUUCAACUACUGUAACAGAAAGUUCUCAUACAAGACUGUCCUUUUGCUUGCAGAUCAGCUUCUCUGCAGAAUUGAAUUCAUACACGCCAGAAGCUUUAUCCACAGAGACAUCAAACCUGACAACUUUUUGAUGGGUAUCGGCAAAAAAGGCUCACAAGUGAACGUGAUCGACUUUGGACUUGCAAAGAAGUUCAGGGACCCAAGGACCCAUCUGCACAUUCCUUACAGAGAGAAUAAAAAUCUUACUGGAACAGCAAGAUAUGCAUCUAUCAACACCCAUCUCGGUAUCGAGCAAUCUAGAAGGGACGAUUUGGAAUCUUUGGGUUAUGUCCUCAUAUAUUUCUGCAGGGGUUCUUUGCCAUGGCAGGGUUUGAAGGCGGCCACUAAGAGACAAAAGUACGACCGUAUCUUGGAGAAAAAGAUGGCAACCCCUGCUGAAGUUUUGGCUAGAGGCCUUCCUCUUGAAUUUAGACAUUACUUGAACUAUGUGAGAGCAUUAAGAUUUGAUGACAAGCCUGACUAUAUUUAUUUGAGAAAGAUAUUCAGACAACUAUUCAUUAGGGAAGGAUACCUUUAUGAUUCGAUUUUCGACUGGACCGUUUUCAAGUACAAGCUGCACCAGCAGCAACAGCAGCAACAGCAACAGCAACAAAAGGCCAUUCAAAAUGGCGACGAAGCUGAAGGAAAGCAGGAGGAGAAGCAGGAGGAGAAACUAGAGCCGACACCAUUACAGCAACCAUUACAGCAGCAGCAUACUCUUUCAUCGCAACAGCAAUAUUACCAAGAUCCAGUUUCGAGCCCUAAUGCCGUGAAACCACUAUUACAACAAUCGCAAACACAAGCCCAACCAGUUCCUGACCCAUCUCCAUUACCUGCAGGCACUCAAUACAAGAGCGUUCAACAAGGUUACAACAUUAAGUCUGCUUCUCAAUUCAAUGCUCCGCCAAACCACGAACAGUCGAACUUCAAUCCAGCAUGGCUCUAG